AUGGACACAAAAGGGGCCAUGCUUGAUGAUAUCUACGCUUAUGGCCUUUCCAGAACUCUGAUACAAGUUGCGCCUCCAGCCACCGUUGGGUUGUACUCUCCAUGUCAAAAGCGCUCCGAGACAUUGCUUCAGAAGAUCAGAAAUUAUAUGAACAGGGAAGCAGAGUGGAGAGAAAAGAAGCACAAAGAGGAUGUUCCCACACCCACCUUCCUGGGUUCUCUGUUUUGCCUGUUUGCCAUGAUUUUCCUUCGGCCCGUAUGGACUGAGGAGGGGGAGAGGAGGAGGAAGAGGGUGAGGUGGAUAUUUGUGCGUUUCAGCGCCUGGCACUUCGCCGGCAGCGAUAAGCUCUGGGCGGGCCUGGUACUCCAGCUCUUUAAAGCCGUAAACCGCAACAUCGGAGGCCUGUUCGUCAGCGUUUACAGGGUCACGCAGUACCCCUUUCCUAAGAGGGUCGAGAGCCAGAGCCAAUCUAACUGGAGGCAGCGGAAGGUGUGCGGCCUGCCGGUCUGGCUUGUCACUCUGGUCAUGGCAGCUGUAAGCAUAGGAUCGUGUGUCCUGCUUUCCGUGACUGGUUUCCGGGUGAAAGUGAACGGCACUCUGGGCGGCCUAGCAAGUGUGGAAUCCAUGGCCAUUGCAACCCUGGGGGCACCUGCUGCCAUCGCCGUCCGGUUCAUUGUAAGGACAGCCAAAAACGUCCUUUUCAACCAGGGCAGCAGCAUCCAGAGCAAAAUGAAUAAGUCAGCCAUCAGUGAACAGAUGGGGUUUAUGGACAAGGUGAGGAAGGAGGUGGGCAUCCUGGUUGAUCUCAUCCACUUCAUGGAAGUCAUAGAGAACAGAAAGAUCCGGGUCAUCCUCGAGAUCACCAACUUGGACCGGUGUGGCUCAGAGAAGAUUAUUCAGGCCUUGGAAGUCAUCAACAUCUUGCUGACAGGAGAAAGUUCUCCUUUUGUGUCCAUUCUGGCUAUAGAUCCCCGGAUUGUGGUGAACUGUGUGGAAAACACUCCUCUGCAUGACAGGUCAGAGAACAGUGGCUACGAGUUCUUAAACAAUAUUGUCACCCUACCCUUCUCUGUGCCUGAGCUAGGUGUGGACUCCAAGCUCAAGGUUUUCAAAACCCUUGCAGAGAGUCGCCUUGAAGUCAUUGUAGACGAAUCCAAAGCGACAGGGGCUCACACUGCUAAGCUUAGUUCAAACAAGGAGUCGGCGCUGGAAAAGGGAAUCCGAGAUGACAGUGUAGUGCCGUUCAUUGGAAAUAGUGCAGGGGAGAUGGAAAUAAUUGAACAAGGCAUCAGUUGGGAAUACUGGGCAAAUCAGAUCAAGGCACUGACAAAUGACGUUUUGGAAUUUGUUUAUACAAAAGGCAGCCUCCAAACAUACAUUGUUGAACAUGACAUGCAUAUGAGAAGAAUAAUCAAUUCAAUCCGCAUGUCAGUCGUCAUCAAGGAGGGGAUGAUAAGGGAUUCCUGCUCAGCAGAAGAGAUUGCAGCCUGGGUGGUUCUAGCCAACAUGUGGCCGUGUCGACUCAGCUGGAUUCUUCAUAUUGUGGAAGAUGACCAACAGAGGGCUGCCAUAGACCACCCUGAUGGGAGAGACCACAUUGAUAACGCAAAGACUUUGUGGGAAGUCUUCAGCGAGUCAAGCAUUGAACUGCACGCACUUAGAGACAAGAUUGUAUUACUCUUUGAGCAGGACAGUGACCCCGAUCUGUUUGAAAGAUUUCUCAAAAUCGAUUUCAGGUUCACCAUCAGGGAUAUUGGCAGGUUCAUGCCUUGGACAGUUAAUCUGGACCAGUCCAUUAAAAAGGAGCUGGACAGGAUCAGGGAAAGCUACAGAAUGAGACACAAAGUGAACCCCAAAGCCCUAACCCCACUCCCAAUAAGGGCCGUCAUUGGAAUGAGUACAGACGACAUCUGCAAAGAGAUGCAAAAGCUGAAUUUCCCUGAAACACACCAGAAGCUAGUGAGGGAGAAUCGACUCGACGGAGCAUCCUUGGCUCUCGGCGACGACGGUGAGAUCAAACGAGUCCUGCAGAUGGCCUUGGGUGAAUGGAUCUCUUUCAGCUUUCACUUCUUGGGAGGCAAGCCAAGAUCCAGCCCCCUCACAUCAAACACAAUGAUGGCUCUGCACAGCGGAGAUGUUCCCUCCACCCUCCUCGGGAGAUGA